ACGCGUAGGCCGAGGCGAAAAGCAGAAGCAGAGGAGGAGGAGGUUUGACUCGUUCCACACCCGCUGCCACGUGGGCUCCACCUUACUGGGCCCCACGCGCCAGUGAGCGAAGCGGGAAGCGCCUCUCUCUCUCUUCUUCUCCACCUCCUCCUCCCCCUUCCGGCUCCGGCUGGGAAUCUCACCCUCUUCGUGGCGGCGGACUCGCGGGUGGUGGUGGUGGUGGGGCCCACAGGUCAGUCGGUGGGUGAAGGGGUUUCGGCCGCGCCGCCUGGUCAGGCUUGCUCGGAUGGUUGGAGGAGGCGGAGGCGGCGGCGUGGCGGGGAACCCUAACCCUAGGGCCCGGCUAUAUUAGAUGCUGGGGGGAGGCCUCGGCGGCGGCGGGGGCGGCGGCGGUGCGGGUGGGCUGGGCCUCGACCUCUCGGCGGUGAUCCAGGCGGCGGUGGUCGGCCUCGUGCUGUUCUCGGCGGCCGUCGUCGCCGUGCGCCGCGCCGCGUCGAGGUACUUCGUCGUCGACGCCGCGGGGUUCGCCGCCUCCUCGUACGACGAUCACCACCACCCCCACCACCACCUCGUGAUGACGCCUCGCGGGGAGGAGCAGCAGCGGCAGCAGGGCGGCGGCGCGGCGCAGGGGGCGCAAGCCGCCGCCAGUGGGGGCGGGGAGCCCUGUGCCGCGUGCGGCUACAUCGCCACCAAAAAGUGCUCCGGGUGCAAGCGCGUGCGGUAUUGUUCUCAAGGAUGUCAGUCAAAGCAUUGGCAAUCUGGUCACAAGUUCAAGUGCAAACAAAUGAAAAAAUCAAGCCCUGCUGACAAGCUAUCAGGUGGAGGCGAGGAAGACAGAAAUAAGUUAUCUGGUUUUGGUCCCAUCUCAUUAGUACCUGCCCGUAGAAAAUUAAACAAGGUCAUCUUUCCAUAUGAUGAAUUUCUAAAGCUGUGCAACUGGAGGGACCUUGAUUAUUUACCUUGUGGCCUUUUGAAUUGUGGCAACAGUUGCUUUGCCAAUGUUGUUUUACAAUGUCUUUCAUGUACGAGGCCACUUGCAGCCUAUCUCUUAGGAAUGGACCAUAGCAGGGAAUGUUAUAAGAGACAUGAAGAUUGGUGUUUCUUGUGCGAACUGCAAUGCCAUAUCCAAAGGGCAAGUGAAAGUAUGCAUCCAUUUGCGCCGAAGAACAUUCUUUCUCACCUGCCAAAUAUAGGUGGGAACCUUGGCUUUGGUAGACAAGAGGAUGCUCAUGAAUUCAUGAGGUUUGCAAUAGAUAAGAUGCAAUCUGCUUGUCUUGAUGAAUUUGGAGGCGAGAAGGCUGUAGACCCUAGCACGCAAGAAACGACUCUUAUUCAACACAUAUUUGGUGGUCGUCUGCAAUCCCAGGUUCAAUGUACUGCAUGUGGAAUGGUCUCAAAUCGCUAUGAGAAUAUGAUGGACUUAACAGUUGAAAUUCAUGGUGAUGCUGACUCCUUGGAAGAAUGCUUAGAUAAGUUCACUGCAGUAGAGUGGCUUGAUGGUGAUAAUAAGUACAAAUGUGAUGGAUGCAGCGACUAUGUCAAAGCACAGAAACGUCUUACAGUUUAUCAAGCUCCAAAUAUCCUCACAAUUACUCUGAAAAGAUUCCAGAGUGGUAGAUUUGGGAAACUAAACAAGAGAGUUACAUUCCCAAUGAAGUUAGACCUAACGCCAUACAUGAGUAGCACUGAUGGAAGUGACCAAUACGAUCUCUAUGCUGUUGUUGUUCAUCUGGAUAUGCUCAAUGCUUCAUUUUUUGGGCAUUAUAUAUGCUAUAUAAAAAAUUACCGAGGACGCUGGUAUAAAAUUGAUGACUGCAAGGUUAUGGCUGUUGAUGAGGAGGAAGUACAUGCUCAAGGUGCUUAUAUGCUUCUAUAUAGCAGGAGAACAGCUCGCCCUAGGCCACUAAUUGCAGUAGAAGAACUCAUGAAACAGCAGCAACAGUUGAAAGUAUGCCCUUUGAAUGGACAAAAUCAUUUGAUACAAGAGGAUGUGCCAUUAGAAGGCGUGCCAUCUUUGAAACCCUCAGAAGAUCUGGAAGUUGAUUUUGAAUCCAACAACAAAUCUUUACAUACUAUGGACAGAGAGCCAGACCUGGAUUUUCAUGUGAGCUUUGAUAGAGAUAAGUUCACUAACAAUGAUAUUAUGCACCCACCAGUUUCAACGGUAUCGCAUGCCCUUGAUGAAAAUACUAGAGGAGAUUCAGGUUUUCCAUUGGAAGAAUCGAACACCAUGGGAUCUGUGCAAUUUGGCAACUCCACAUAUGAAACAUCUUUAGUGCAUUCCCCUGCAGAGCAGUGUGAAGAACCUGCGUCAUGUAUUGAUUCAGUUGACUACAUGGAAAUUGACACUGAAGCUGGCGUUAAAGUUGAAAGAUGGAGCAGGCCUGCCUUAGGUGAUUCAGUUGGAGUGAUGGGGAAUGGUACAUUGGUCCCGGCAUUGGAGAAUGGUUUGGCGGGUAAACCAAUUCCUGGUUUUCCCGACAAACCCUCGAGAAUAAAUUCAUUCUUUGCAGAAGGAUGUCAAACUGGUGACAAUGGUGCUGGUUCCUCGCAAGAGUUGAAUGGUCAUUGCAAUGGAGAACCCAGUUGCCCAGAGCAAGGAGUUCUGACCAAUGGUGGCAACACGCCCUCUCCAAGCACACAAUGCUAUGAAAAUAAGUUUGCAACAUCCACCAACGGCAACUAUUCUAUUGGGAAUGGUGAUACAUUAUCUAGCAGCAACUCAUUACAUGCGGGCAAACAGAAUGCUGGCUUUACCUAUAAUGGUUUCAAUCCAAAACCUUACAAAGAACCAUCAGGAAGCAACACAUAUCUGAAUAAUACAUGCAAUGGUAAACCAUCGGAAGAUAAUCACAAUAAAUGUGCCCCAAACCUGCCGGCAAAAGAUUGCCAAGGGGGCAUGCCAUUCUUACAUCGUGGCUUCCUUCUAAGGCCUUGUUCUAGGGGAAAUCCAGGCAAAUGUGAUGAUGGCUUGUCAAUUAGUAAUGGCACAUCAUCAUCCUUUGUGAGUAGUAACAGCAAAUCAAGUAAUAUUUCAUCAUCUCGAAAUGGUGAAGGAGGCACACCAUUCUUGUCUCCUAGUUUUCGCACAAAUCAUUGCAGAGAGUCAGCUGCCAUGGACACCUCUGCAAGCUCUGUCCAUGAUUUGAAAACCAGCUAUAACAUUUCCUUGGAGCAAAAAUCUAUUGGUGCUGCAGUACCGUCAGACCUGAUAAAAGAAAGUUGGGGUGAAGAUGGCACGACUUUUGGCACUGUUUACCAACAAAGAGCAACUUCUGUUGAUAAUGUAAGCAGCCGCCAUGAUGAAAAUGGGCAUGUGAUUUUGGGUGCCAAUAAUUCCAGUUAUGGAGGAGAAAACGGCAGUAAUAAUGGAAUUCUUGAUAUGAAUAGCAGCAGUAGCCAAAGGGACGCAGCAUCUAGUACCAUGAUGGCUUCUGAGAAAGGCAUAGGACCUAAAACAGCUGACCAAGUCAAUUACAUAUCUGAUGCACUUGAACAUGAUGGUUUGCGACGAAGAUUAACCUCAAAUUUUCCUGAUCAGAAUGGUAUUGAUGCUCAAUAAACUGUGGUCACCACUGGAGCGCAUAAACUGGAAGGCUAUGAGCUCAAGUUGUCCGGGUUGAAUGGAUAUAAACUGAAGGGCAAUGAGCUGGAAAUCGGAAGAAUGCCUGAUCUCAUAUUGGUUGGUUGAUUCAAUUGAUUACUUGAAACUGUAAUUGGAGCAAACAUUGUUUGCUUGGCAGUAAUUUUGCCUCUUUUCCACAUGGCUUCCUCCUGUGAGGUGGAGGGGUGUCUCUGGGCUUCCACACAAUUUGCAGAGGCUCAGAUGCUCCCCUGAUUCCAUGUUCUUGUUGCCUUUAGGGUACAUAGCAGAUUGUAGGCUUACCUUGUUCCCACCAUGUUGGUGGAUCCAUAGCUCAAAUAAACCUGAAUGCUGACUCCGUUGUCAAGAAAGCUGAAUCAACUGUAGAGUGAUAAAAGAGGAAGAUUCUGAUCGCUUUCUUCAUCUGAUGCCCGUUUUGACCCCAAUUGGUGCAAACAGAUUUAUGAUCUUUACAAUGCAACCACGAUCUUUGUUGGUCGGACCAGAACUGUAAGCAACUGAUGGUUCUCAUUUUUUUGGUUAUCACGAAGGUGUAUGUUUGCUUAAUUGCAUUACUGUAACUACCACGAUCAGCAAAAGAUGGUUUUACGAACAUGCCCUUGUGUAUGUUCAUCAGGCUUAAUUUGCAGUGCGGUAAUCACAAUUAGCUCUUCACGAAUUACACUUGAUCGUAUUGUCACAAUGUCACCCACCGUGUGCUUUUACAGUUACAGUGAGUGAGCAGUUAUCUCAUUGGUAGAGUCUGGAAAAGCAUAUCCCGAGUGAAAAUUUCAAUGGUUUUCAAGAAUUCAAAUAAGAAUUCAAAUCUGAUGAAAUUUGACCGAAAUCUAGUGAAAACCAGUCACGGAGAAGAGCACACAGGAACAAUGUUUCGAGCGGUUAUAAAGGGAGCCAUCCGCUGAACAAACUCGCCAAAAGCGAAGCAGUCCCCACCCCGACCGCGUCCACCUCCUCUCUUCUCCCACGCGCGCCUCGCCUCGUCUCCUCUCGAGAUCUCGCCAUGGACGCCAUCGACUCCGUGGUGGAUCCCCUCCGCGAGUUCGCCAAGGACAGCGUCCGCCUCGUCAAGCGCUGCCACAAGCCCGACCGCAAGGAGUUCUCCAAGGUGGCGUUGCGGACGGCGAUCGGGUUCGUCGUCAUGGGAUUCGUCGGCUUCUUCGUCAAGCUAAUCUUCAUCCCCAUCAACAACAUCAUCGUCGGGUCCGGCUAGGUUGGAUGCUAAAGAAAGACUAGCAUGGGGAUAUAGUGGAGUACUCAUCAAGGAGAAAACAGAAGAUUAUUGAGGAUAGUGCUGUGUUCUAAAGUAGGCGUCCAAAGUUCAUUGACCCGUUUCAAGAAACUGUUGCUAAAAGAUGGUUUAUAUUCUGUUCCCUUUUUGUGGAGAAAUCAUCGUACUGAAUUAGACUUUGCAAUUAGCAUGCAAUGAAAUGUUCAUGUUUUUGCCGUA